AAGACGAAAGAACGAAGAACCUUCGCCUUCUCUCCUUCGCCAGUUCAGUAUCCCUUCAGCGACGCUGUGCAUCGUUGCUGGUUUACAACAGUCGUUGUAGUUCUUCCCACCUUUUCAAUCGCUAACUCAACGGUUGAAAACCGACGAUAUAUCCUGCCUCUGCCUUUGCCUCAUCGAGUGGGGAGAAAUACGGGCAGACAACGAUCUGUGUAAUGGCAAUGGCGUUGUACAGACUAUCAGAACUGAAAUCAUGGCCUAGUUCCCUUUAAAAGUUCAGAAAACAGUGAAUUCGCGUGGAUAGUGAAACUGGUGUGAAUUAGUGAUAAAAAUUUAAUAAUUCUACGAUGGCUGAAGCAGAAAACAUCGAUUUCCAAGCAUGUUGCAGACUGUGUCUCAGCGAAAUGGUGGAUUCUUUAAAGUCCAUUUUCGACGAAACUCCUGAAGAUGAAAGUCUCUCCGAAAAGAUUUUACAAUCAGUGGCUAUUGAGGUCAGUUCGGCAGACAAAUUAUCCACCAAGAUCUGCAAAGAGUGCGUAGAAAAAGUAACUGACUGGUCUUCGUACAAAGAACGAUGUCUUCAAAACCAAAAGAAGUUAACGGAGUUGUUAGUUGCGAAAGAAGGUCCAGAAGUUUUGGUUGUACCUGAAAUUAUACCCGAACCCGACGCACCACUUCCUGUAAAUGGAAUUGAAUCAGAAACUCCUUCUGAUGACGACAUUCAUGAAAACCAAGUGGAUCCUGCCUCUUUGUUGGACCUUAGCUUGCAAAUUAAAGAAGAACCAGCAGACCACACUGAACAGAACGAACACGAUAACCCAAAUAUGCUAGAUAUGGGUCAAAUGAAUCACCACCAACUUGAUCAACCAAAUGACAUGAUACCAGGUCAUGUGAUGGUAAAGUCGGAACCAGUUGAUAUGGACGGACUGGACGAAGUUUAUAGCGAGUUUCCUCCACAAUUAUCUCCUCAACAGGUGGAAACUGAUGAUUUGAAUCAACCCUUAGUUGUUAGUGUUCCUGCUAAUAAUAGAACGUGUGGCGUGUGUGGCAAACUGUUUAGUAGCGCAGGAAAUAAGAGAAAGCAUGAAAAGAUGCAGCAUGGUCUUCAUAAUAACAUUUCUGUUGUUACGCCUAUUACAAGUGACGCUUUGACGAACGGAGAGGUACACCAAGAACCCAAUUCGGAUCAACAAAAGAUUCUCUUCGCCAUGGGAUUAAAACUGUUACAGACCAGCGCGACCCCCAUUUCUUCAGAAGAGCUAUCCAAAAUCGAGAUAAGCUACAUCGAAAAAUGCAAGGCCAUGGUUAACAUGCACAAGUCUUUAACUUGCGCUUGUCACAACGUACCACAUCAGAAUCUUAAGGGGUUGUUGUCCCACUUGAGGGCUUUGAGAAUAUGGUUCCCAGUUUUCACUUGUUACAACUGUAUGAUUACGUUUACUGAUAGAUCUACAUUUACAAGACAUAUUUCAAGAUGUCAAAGCUCCCCACUCGACUCCAUUACGAAGCUUAGCAAUCUCAAACACCGUAGCGAAGUCAAAACCAGACUGUACCAAAACUUCAAAUGCACCAUCUGCAAGUUCAUGUUCAGUUUUCACGAAGAUUUUUGCACCCACGUUGACCUGGACCAUUCCAUGUUACAGUUCCCUGUACACUGCCCAUGUGGAAGGAUUUUCGAGAAUAUGGAAGACUACAAGGACCAUGUUUACGUCAGUUGUCUUGUGGACUUCUACUGCGACAUUUGUUUUGUUACUACUAAGACGCUGGAUGAUUUCCAGAAGCAUGCGAAGGAGGUGCACGACGAUUCUGAAGGAUUUAUAUUGCUGCAGGACGACAACUAUAAAGUUCGAAAGCCUUCCAUGCACGUCAGUCCCAGUGUUAUAGACGAGGGAGUCAUUUUAACAGGCAAACGAGAACGCAAGUCAUCCUACCGCUUCGUAGAAGAUGAAUUGGACGAAGUCAUUCCACUUGACUCCAAUACGAAUUUGUACACUCCAAGAACCAACAACAGAAGCUGUCCGAUCUGUACCAAAGAAUAUUCUUCGUACAAGAACAUGAUGCGACACUACAAAACCCACAGACCUGAAGAGAUCGAGGAGCAUAGACAGCAACAACAAUUCGACUACGAUUCACAAGAUAUGCAAGACAUGGAUUUGGAGGAUGAAGAAUCGAUGUAUUCGUGCCCCGACUGCGGCGGAAUGUUUAAGUCUUUAGAGUGGAAGAUACAUUUGACAGAGCAGCAUCAGCAGAAACCUUGUGGGGAAUGCGGCAAGUUUUUCCAAUUCCAGACGGAACUUGAUCAACAUCGAACCACUCAUUUGAACUUGAAGAUAUCCAGGGACUCGAAAACACAAUCAUACACGAGUACUAUGAUAAGUCCUGGAGGAGAAGAUGACGUGGAAGGAGGAGAAGAACCGGGUGACCGAGUAUUCGCUUGUGAAGUCUGCGAAUUCGUGUUCAGUACACAAGAUGAAUUAAUGAACCACAAGCUUGAACAAGACCACGGCGAACUAGAGCCUAUGGAUAACGUGGACGGUAUGGAAAACAUGGACGAUAACAUGGACUUAGAAGUAAUGGAACCAUUGCAAACUAUGGAAAUUUUAGAACCACAGAUCGAAACUACUUCAAAGAAAUCUAAGUGCGAUGUUUGCGAUCAGGAGUUUAAUAACUACAACGGCCUGUGGGAACACAACAGAAGCAAACAUCCAGAAAGAAAAACACCACACGUGGAUACAUACCCUAAAAAAUGUAAGGAGUGCGACAAGGUGUGUACUACUGGAGCUGCUUACUACAGACACAUUCAAAUCCAUUCUAAAGUACCAGCAGAUGCUGGUGCCAAUAAGAUGACUUUAUUGAAACCAAAGAAAGAAAUUGAGGAAGAAUCCUAUCAUACAUGUAAGAGAUGCUUUAAAGUAUUUUCCAGCAAAUAUAACUUGAAGAACCACUUAAAAUGCCAUGGAAUUAAUAUUAAUCCUGUUGCGAAGAAGAUGGUGAGGAAGGCAGUAUGCAGAGUGUGCCAACAAGUGUUCGAAACCAAUGAAGAGUUGAUUAGACACAAACAAGACCAUCAUAACUCGGUCGAAACUCCAUAUGAUAAUGGGGAUAGAUCCAGUUUGGUCUUCCCUUGCGAUGUUUGCGUGAUGACAUUUGGAAGCAAGAUUGCUCUGAAGAAACACAAAGACAAGCAUAUUCUCGAGUCAAAACCACCCUCUCGAUCAGUAUUCUGCAAAUACUGCAAAAUUCCAUUUGAUACCUAUGCAGCUCUCUCCCUGCACAUGUCGAGAGAACACGAUGAAAGAGGUAAGAAGCAAAUAAAAGAAGUUUACAAACCUGAAGAGUACAGUUGUACUAUUUGCGGUAAAUCAUUCCAAUCUGCUGGAGCUCUAACAACCCACAUCGGCUGGCACAAACGUGCCCAAAACGACGGAACUGGCAAGUUACUGAAGCACGUUCCACCAGCUAAACCUAAAUUGCUUAAAGUGCAACCGAUUCAAAUUAAAGAGGAACCUUCUGAUGAGCCAAGGCACCAGUGCAGUACAUGCUUGGCAGAACUACCCAACGAUACAGCUUUACAGGUUCACAUUUUGGAGAAGCAUAGAAGCGUCAGUGCCAUUAUGUUGAUUCCCCGUUGCAAUACAUGCAACAAAGACUUUACGACACAAGAUGAAUACGAAACCCACAAAAGACUUCAUGAUUUCUUGGAACGCCAGAAACAGCACGAGCAGAAGAUGCUAAUACAACAACAAGAUGGCCCUCAAUCGAAGAUGGCACCUAACAAACCAAAGUUUCCCUGUAAAUACUGUAACGCCGCCUUCAGCAGGUCUGAUACACUUGGUGGUCAUAUUAGACAGUACCAUAAGGAGCACGUUCAGACUGAAUUCAGAUGCAACCAGUGCGACAGAGUAUUCGAGAAGCAAAAUUCCUUGACCAUCCAUUUAAAAACUCAUGACAAGCAAAGAAGCUUCCCAAAUCCAGCAUCCCAAAGCAAACCAAUGUUCUCUUGUUCUAUUUGUAACAUGGGCUUUGAUCUACCGAAGGAUCUGAGGACUCAUACCAUCACUGCCCAUCCAUUUUGACGAGGGUCCUUUCAGUAAGUUAAGACGCCACUUUUCUAUAAUAAUUUUAGGUUUUUCAUGAAUGUUUAAUUUGUCAUUGAUUUCGAGUGUAAGUUUUAUUAGAUAAGUAUUUUUUUAUAAUAGGUUGUCUUCAUUAAAACCUACACCUAAUUAUA